AAACUACGGGCCCGGGAAUUCCGACAGUUUGUACCUUAACAUUGGAAUGCAUGAUUACAAAAGAAAAAGGUGUUGUUUACGUGAAGCGGGGGCCGGUGGCGAGUGAGGUGAAUGUGCCGUUUUGAAACCAAAGGACCGUAAUCGCUUCCUCUCUCCCUACUGUAGACUCUCCCGCGGGCCCGGCGGCCGCCUCCGGACUGUCCGGAGAGAACAUGGCGGCCCCCGGAGCCCGGGGCUGUAGCCUCGCGGGCCUGCUCCCCGCGCAGACCCCGCUGGAGUACGCCCUGCUCGACGCCGUCACCCAGGAGGAGAAGGACAGUCUGGUCUACCAGUAUCUGCAGAAGGUGGACGGCUGGGAGCAGGACUUGUCAGUGCCCGAGUUUCCGGAAGGAUUAGAAUGGCUGAACACCAGAGAGCCUAUUUCUGUCUACAAGGAUCUGUGUGGAAAAGUAGUCAUCCUGGAUUUCUUCACCUACUGCUGCAUAAACUGCAUUCACCUAUUGCCUGAUCUUCAUGCAUUAGAACACACAUACUCCGAUAAAGAUGGUCUUCUGAUUGUUGGCGUUCACUCGGCUAAGUUUCCAAAUGAAAAAGUCCUGGAUAACAUUAAGAGCGCUGUUCUUCGAUACAACAUCACCCAUCCUGUGGUUAAUGAUGCAGAUGCCAGUCUUUGGCAAGAACUAGAAGUUUCCUGCUGGCCAACUCUGGUCAUACUUGGACCCCGUGGAAAUAUGUUAUUUUCUUUGAUUGGAGAGGGACACAAAGAUAAACUAUUUUUAUAUACUUCCAUGGCGUUAAAGUAUUACAAAGACAGGGGACAGAUCCGAGAUAAUAAAAUUGAAGUAAAACUCUAUAAAGAUUCUUUGCCACCUUCACCAUUGCUGUUUCCUGGCAAAGUAACAGUAGACCAUGUUUCUAAUAGAUUGGUAAUAGCAGAUACUGGACAUCAUAGAAUUUUGGUCGUCUGGAAGAAUGGAGAAAUUCAGUACAGCAUUGGAGGACCCAACCCUGGAAGAAAAGAUGGAGUAUUUUCAGAGUCAACUUUUAAUUCACCGCAGGGUGUAGCCAUAAGGAAUAAUAUCAUAUAUGUGGCAGAUACUGAAAACCACCUUAUAAGAAAGAUUGAUCUAGAAGCUGAGAUGGUGAGCACUGUAGCUGGCAUUGGAAUUCAAGGUACAGAUAAAGAAGGCGGAGCUCAAGGAGAAGAACAGCCCAUUAGUUCCCCUUGGGAUGUAGUUUUUGGAACUUCAGGUUCGGAGGUCCAAAGAGAUGAUAUUCUGUGGAUAGCCAUGGCAGGGACUCAUCAGAUAUGGGCACUGCUGCUGGACUGUGGCAGACUACCGAAGAAAAAUGAGCUGAAAAAAGGAACCUGCCUUCGGUUUGCUGGAAGCGGAAAUGAAGAGAACCGAAAUAACGCAUAUCCUCACAAGGCGGGCUUCGCCCAGCCUUCAGGUCUUUCUGUGGCCCCGGAAGAUCCCUGGAGCUGCCUGUUUGUCGCAGACAGUGAGAGCAGCACAGUGCGAACCGUCUCGCUGAAGGACGGAGCAGUGAAGCACCUCGUGGGAGGAGAAAGAGAUCCCAUGAAUUUAUUUGCUUUUGGUGAUGUUGAUGGAGUAGGAGUCAAUGCCAAGCUUCAGCACCCACUUGGAGUAACUUGGGACAAGAAAAGGAAUUUACUUUACGUGGCAGACUCUUAUAAUCACAAGAUUAAAGUUGUGGAUCCAAAAACAAAAAACUGCUCAACAUUAGCAGGAACUGGAGAAGCUAGUAAUGUUACCACUUCGACCUUUACCGAGUCAACUUUUAAUGAACCAGGAGGCUUGUGUAUUGGAGAGAAUGACCAGUUAUUAUAUGUAGCAGACACCAAUAAUCAUCAAAUUAAAGUGAUGGAUUUAGAAACAAAAACGAUUUCUGUGCUCCCAGUCUUCAGACCUGACAACGCUGUGGUAGAUGGCCCGUUCCUAGUAGAGAAACAGAAAACAUUACCCAAACUACCUAAAUCUGCUCCAAACAUUAGACUUUCUCCAGUGGCUGCGUCUCCAGGCCAGACCCUGCAGUUCAAGCUAAGAUUAGAGCUCCCAUCAGGAACGAAGCUGACGGAGGGAGUGCCCAGUUGCUGGUUUUUAGCCGCUGAAGGCAAUGAGUGGCUUCUUCAAGGACAGAUACCCUCUGGAGAAAUAGAGAGCAUUUCCAGUCAACCAGCGAUCUCACUGCAGAUUCCUGGAGAUUGCUUAUCACUGGAAGCAGUGAUAUCUAUCCGAGUGUUCCUAUAUUACUGUAGUGCAGACAGCAAUGCCUGUAUGAUGAAGGGAAUUUUGUUCAGUCAGCCUUUACAAAUAAGCAGUGCACAGCAAGGGGGCAUCGCUCCAGUAGAGCUCAGGUAUGGAUUUUAACAAGCCAGUUAGCUACACGGCCACCAUGGCCGCUGUCCUCUGUCCUUGUCAUCGCUCUAACUUAGGAAAAGCAGCUUUAUUUCUGCCUCUGGAUACCAAGAAACCCACUGCUCAGUUCUAGCAACUGAUAUUAAAAUAAAGCUAUGCUCCAUACUUACUUAUCUCUUAUAAACAAAUUCCUUCAUUCUGGCUGUGUACCAGCUAAAUCACUGACCAUCAUUUGAACCAUGAUUUAGUCAUCUCUGCUGCUAUUUGGCACAGAACUUUCAUCCACACUGUAGUCUCGAAUAUUACCAUGAAGCUGAUUUGCAGUGAAUACUGGUAAUAAUAAUGAAACCAAAUAUUUUAACUAACUUUUUCUACCUUUACUAGCGAAGAGCACAUUUGAAUAUAUAAAUUUCACAAUAACUUUAAACAGAACCUAGGAUCCGGUCCACAUGUUGGUAUCAAGACACUUGCUAUUCAAAGUCUAAGGUCUAUUUUAAGCCAAAAAAAAGUCUUUACAUCACAGUAGAAACUUAAAGAGUAUCUGGGUGGUAAAUAUGUUCUUUGUCCUCUUCUGUGAUUCUCUUGGUUGAAAGUGAUUUAAAAGAGAGUUUCUAUUUUUAUUAUAAAUUAUUUGCUAUUUUAACAUACCAUUAUUAAUGCCUUAUAACUCUAUUCGGAAAAAGUAUGUCAAAGGAUAUACAGACUCCUUUAACUUUUUCUGAAGGAAUACAGUUUUACUGGUGAUGAAUGGGUCCCCAGAGAUACCACGUCUUCCAUGGAGAGAGGGACUUGGGGACAUAUUACUGUCUGUGAUACUGUUUAUGAUAAAGAAUAAAUUGGGACAGCUGCAUCUGAGUAAAUGAGUAUAUAUGUUGUAAGCAUUAAAAUAUGCAGAUUGGUUGGGGUUUGUGUUUUUUGGUUCCUAUAUUCAGAACUUAAAUUAUCAUUUAUUGUGAUGUUUUUAAAAAUCAGUUUUAAGCCUUCGAAGAAAAUUCUAGUGUGAAGCACUUUCAUGCUAUUAAUAUGUAUAUAUAUUUAUUACUCUUUUUAAAAUAUUAGGGCUGAAACAUAGAGGGCAUUUAAUGACACUGGGGUUAUUUUUAAUCCAAAAAGAAAUUGUCACUAGAAGAUACUGAACGUGUUUUUAUUAUCAUCAUUUCCAUUUAUAGCUAUUUAAAAGCCUAUUCUUUGUUUUACUGUAAUUGAUUCAGUAUGUUCGUGAUUUAAUCAGCUUAUAGGAUUUUUAAAACGUCAGGUAAACUGUAUUUAUUUAUCCAAUAAAUAUCUGUAGACAAGAUGGCAUAAUAUGCCUUUCGUGCUUCAAAAGCAGAUUGGAAGUGUAUCACCUGCCCAUUUUUCUUCUUGAAGUAGAGUUUUGAGCAUAUCAGCUUUAUUCCCUCAGGUUACCUAAACCUCUGAAGUAAGGAAGUGUGUAGUCCUGACUUGGGUUCAAUUUGUAACCUGCUAAUGCUACUUUUAAAGAGAUGUAGAAAUAUACACUUAAGAAGAAUCUUGUUUAAAAUUAUAUAUAAUUACCUCAUAAACCUUUUCUUUCCGUGAAAAAACAUUCUGUAAUAAAGCAGUGUCUAACAUUAAUACUCUCUUUUACAGAGAAUAGGACGAAGUCAUGUUUUAAUCUCAUUUGAAACAUAAUACUUCUCCUUCCAGUUGGAUAUGAUGAGAAUACUUCACUCCCUGAGAAAGAAGUAUAUGCAGUUUUAACCUAAUUCAGAAAUACCUGAUAAUUAAUUUUUCAGUAUAAUACACAAGCACAUAUAUAGUUCUGUAUUACAUGUUUCUCAGAAUCUUUUAAUACUCCUUUUGUCUAGAUAGUUUUCAGUUAGUAUUAGGCCUAUACUUUUCUUUCAAAGUAUAGUUUUAUUGAACAUUCUUAUUCUUACCCAGUCACCAGUCUGCACCGUUUCUUACAUUAAAAAUAUUAUUUAUAUGGAUUUAGUAUGAUUUUCUGUAAAUCCUACUAGAGCAGUAUAAAUAGGUUCCUAGAACUUAUGACUAAUAUAAACCUCUUACAUAAGAGGAAGCACUAGAAAGUUUAUUUUUAAAAAACUUGAUCCCUGUCUGCCUUCUGUUUUCUAUAAGGACUUCCAUAUUUUUUUUAACUUUUGCUUCUCUUCUUGUAUAAAUUAUUGGCCAGUGAUAGUUUAGAAAGAGUAAGGUUUUCGUUUAAGUCACCUUAAUCAAAGUAUCAGUAAUGGGCCAUCACACACACUUCGACAUCAUACCUAGAAUCUUUGCCCUAAAUUAUCGUGCUGCUUUGUCAUGAUUUUUCCCACUACUCCUUAUGAUACCAUUUCACAAGUGGUAGAACUUUUUUUCUCUGAAUCUAUACUCGGGAUUAGUAUGGUCCCUGAAAAGAAUUUUGUUUAUCUUACAUAUGCUGCCUCGAGCAAAUAUUUAACCAAUUCACAAGGAAAAACUUAACAGUUUAAUCAUCCAUAAGUCUAACUUCAGUAAAGUUCAGUGACUACAAAACAGUUUUCUCCUUGACCAUCCUGAUACUAUAGUCCUAGUAUCAUUGGGCCUGCAGAAAGCUAUGAUCUUCACCCAGCAGAAAUGUUUCGCAUGUGUGGACGAAUAUAUGUCGUGUAUGUGUAUCUGUGUACACAUACAUAGAAAACAAAGAUCAAGUCAAGAAUUUCCAUCUAAGUUUCUCUCCUGGGCCAUGUAGUUUUGAGUUAGUAUCACCAAAUAACUUACUCUCUGCUUGAUUUUCCAUGUAGGAAAAUGUUGAAAAUACAGAUCAGAAAUAAUUUUCUGCCUACACAAAAUUCACUGUUUAGCAUAUCUGCCAAUUAAAAAGACUUCAGUCUGUCCGUUGCAUUUGGCAUCAUGUUUAAGAACAAUUACCAAAAAAUAGAUUCCAUAGUUCACAAUUGCAUAAAAAUACAUGGAGAGGAACUGUGUCAACAGUGGUUCUCCUGAAUAAUGAAAUUAUGAAUAUUUUAAUUCUACUUGUCUGUAUUCUUUUUGCAGUGAACAAUGUGUUAUUUCCAGAAAGAAAAAAAAAACUGGAAGCAUUUUUUUUUUAAGAUUUAAAAUGAACUGAAUUGUAAGCGCUAAUGUGACUUUUCUAAAGUCAUCUUUAUUACCAAGGAUCAAAACAGAGUUUGGAGCCCUUCGUUCUGUUGGUUCUCUUAAUUACGUGAUUUGAUGAAAAGAGAAAUGAUCAUGACUUUUUCUUCUGGUGCUUGUAUAGUGUAAUGUAGUAGAGUGGAUGAGAGCACGUGCUUUGCAGGCUCUAGGAUUCUAACCCUAUGCGAUGGGGCUGUUCUACCUGUUUUAUGGGGUCACUGUAAGGAUUCAAUGAAAUAGUGUGCGUAAAGCAUUUAAUAAUUAAUGGAACUGCCAGUUUUUCGCUUAGUUAAUAUGAUAUUAAUUUAUGAGCAUAAACACAUAGCUUGACAUUUUCUUUGCAACUGAAAUUUCUAAAGGAAAAUAUUUCUCAACCAACUAUUUGAUAUGUUAAUAAUCUCCAUAGAGCUGGGGUU